AACACAGAGAGGAACACAGAGAAGAACAGAGAGAAGAUGUCGUUCAUUAAAGUGGAUCCAUCGUCCGACUUCUCCUUCCACAACCUGCCCUAUGGAAUAUUCUCCACAGAUAAUAAUCCCAAACGCCGCGUCGGUGUUGCCAUUGGAGACCAGAUACUGGACCUCAGUGUGAUCAUGUCCAUGUUCCGAGGGCCGCUGCUGUCCCAACAUCAGGACGUCUUUGACCAGCCCACUCUGAACGCCUUCAUGGCUCUGGGCUGUGAGUCCUGGAGGGAGGCCAGGAGCACGGUGCAAGGGCUUCUGUCAGCCAAUGAGAGCGCUCUGAGGGAUGAUGUCAGCCUCCGCAGCAGAGCGUUGGUCCAUCAGAGUGCAGCGACCAUGCACCUUCCUGCAGACAUCGGAGAUUACACCGACUUCUACUCCUCCAGAGACCACGCCACCAACGUGGGCACCAUGUUCCGGGGGAAGGAGAACGCUCUGAUGCCAAACUG